GAAGGAGUAAUCUCGCAGGUGGAAGGAGAAUCUCCUAACCUCGCUAAUGCUAGCGAACCAGGGGCAAAUAUCCAGAUUUCUGGGCAUCCUUGACAGCACGUGGUACACUUGGACUCUGUCUGCAGAUGUUCUGAAUACCUCUGAGUAUAGAAAUUGGUUAUUCAACCAGGAUACCUAAUUCAAGACCUGCAGAAACCAGGAGACUGCGACCUUUUGUCAGUUUUGCGACAUUGGACCAAACACGAUGAAGUAUUCUUGCUGGGCGCUGGUUUUGGCUGUCCUGGGCACAGACCUGCUGGGGAGCCUCUGUUCGACUGUCAGAUCCCCGAGGUUCAGAGGACGGUUACAGCAGGAACGCAAAAACAUCCGCCCCAACAUUAUUCUUGUGCUCACUGAUGAUCAAGAUGUGGAGCUGGGGUCCCUGCAAGUCAUGAACAAGACGAGAAAGAUUAUGGAACAUGGGGGGGCCACCUUCACCAAUGCCUUUGUGACCACGCCCAUGUGCUGCCCAUCACGGUCCUCCAUGCUCACCGGGAAGUAUGUGCACAACCACAAUGUCUACACCAACAACGAGAACUGCUCUUCACCCUCGUGGCAGGCAAUGCACGAACCUCGGACUUUUGCUGUGUAUCUUAACAACACUGGCUACAGAACAGCCUUUUUUGGAAAAUACCUCAAUGAAUAUAAUGGCAGCUACAUCCCUCCUGGGUGGCGAGAAUGGCUUGGAUUAAUCAAGAAUUCUCGUUUCUAUAAUUACACUGUUUGUCGAAAUGGCAUCAAAGAAAAGCACGGAUUUGAUUAUGCAAAGGACUACUUCACAGACUUAAUCACUAACGAGAGCAUUAAUUACUUCAAAAUGUCUAAGAGAAUGUAUCCCCAUAGGCCCAUUAUGAUGGUGAUCAGCCACGCGGCACCCCACGGCCCCGAGGACUCGGCCCCACAAUUUUCAAAACUGUACCCCAAUGCUUCCCAACACAUAACUCCUAGUUAUAACUAUGCACCAAAUAUGGAUAAACACUGGAUUAUGCAGUACACGGGACCCAUGCUGCCCAUCCACAUGGAGUUUACAAAUGUUCUACACCGCAAACGGCUCCAGACUUUGAUGUCAGUGGAUGAUUCUGUGGAAAGGCUGUAUAAUAUGCUUGUGGAAACAAGGGAGCUGGAGAACACUUACAUCAUUUAUACUGCCGACCACGGGUACCAUAUUGGGCAGUUUGGACUGGUCAAGGGGAAAUCCAUGCCAUAUGACUUUGAUAUCCGUGUGCCUUUCUUCAUUCGUGGUCCGAGUGUGGAACCAGGAUCAAUAGUCCCACAGAUCGUUUUAAACAUCGAUCUGGCCCCUACGAUCCUGGAUAUCGCUGGGCUUGACACGCCUCCCGAUGUGGACGGCAAGUCUGUCCUCAAACUUCUGGACCCGGAAAGGCCAGGUAACAGGUUUCGAACAAACAAGAAGGCCAAAAUUUGGCGUGAUACAUUCCUCGUGGAAAGAGGGAAAUUUCUACGUAAGAAGGAAGAAUCCAGUAAGAAUAUCCAGCAAUCAAAUCACUUGCCCAAAUAUGAGAGGGUCAAAGAGCUGUGCCAGCAGGCCAGGUACCAGACAGCCUGUGAACAACCUGGGCAGAAGUGGCAGUGCCUCGAGGACACGUCUGGCAAGCUUCGCAUUCACAAGUGUAAAGGAUCCAGCGACCUGCUCGCCGUCCGGCAGAGCACGCGGAACCUGUACUCUCGCGGCUUCCACGACAAGGACAGAGAGUGCCACUGUGGAGACCCUGAUUAUCGUGCCAGCAGGAGCCAGAGGAAAAGUCAGAGGCAGUUCCUGAGGAACCAGGGGACCACGAAGUAUAAGCCCAGAUUUGUCCAUACUCGGCAGACACGUUCCUUGUCAGUCGAAUUUGAAGGCGAAAUAUAUGACAUAAACCUGGAGGAAGAAGAAUUGCAAGUGUUGCGACCAAGAAACAUCGCCAAGCGCCACAAUGAAGGCCGCAAGGGGCCCGGAGGCCGCCAGGCAGCCAGCGACAGGGACGUGAUGCUGGCAGAUGGUGGCAAUGCCGUGGGCCUGCCCGCCACCGUCCGGGUGACGCACAAGUGCUUUAUUCUUCCAAAUGAUACAAUCCAUUGUGAGCGAGAACUCUAUCAAUCAGCCAGAGCCUGGAAGGACCACAAGGCAUACAUCGAUAAAGAGAUUGAAGCUUUGCAAGAUAAAAUUAAGAAUUUAAGAGAAGUGAGAGGACAUCUAAAGAGAAGAAAGCCUGAGGAAUGUGGCUGCAGUAAGCAGAGCUAUUACAAUAAAGAGAAAGGUGUAAAAAAGCAAGAGAAAUUGAAGAGUCAUCUUCACCCAUUCAAGGAAGCUGCUCAAGAAGUAGACAGCAAACUGCAGCUGUUCAAGGAGCACCGGAGGAGGAGGAAGGAGAGGAAGGAGAAGAGACGCCAGCGGAAGGGGGAGGAGUGCAGCCUUCCCGGCCUGACGUGCUUCACGCACGACAACAACCACUGGCAGACCGCCCCCUUCUGGAACUUGGGAUCUUUCUGUGCUUGCACGAGUUCUAACAAUAACACCUACUGGUGUCUGCGUACGGUUAAUGAGACACAUAAUUUUCUUUUCUGCGAAUUUGCCACUGGCUUUUUGGAGUAUUUUGAUAUGAAUACAGAUCCUUAUCAGCUCACAAAUACGGUGCACACAGUGGAACGGGGCAUUUUGAAUCAGCUACACAUGCAGCUCAUGGAGCUCAGAAGCUGUCAAGGAUAUAAGCAGUGCAACCCGAGACCUAAGGGCCUUGAAGUUGGAAAUAAAGAUGGAGGAAGCUAUGACCUACACAGCACACGUAAGACAGAGCAGAAGAACCCACUCUUAAGCUGGUCUCACCCGGGAUAUGGGCUGACGAGAGGACAGUUAUGGGAUGGAUGGGAAGGUUAAUCUUCCCAGUCUCACUGCAGACGUCAACUGGCAAGGCCUGGAGGAUUUAUACAGUGUGAACAAAAGCGCCUAUGAGUACAGACAAAACUACAGACUUAGUCUGGUUGACUGGACUAAUUACUUGAAGGAUGUAGAUAGAGUAUUUGCACUGCUGAACAGUCACCGUGAGCAAAAUAAAACAAAUAAGACUAAAACUGCUCAAAGUGGUGGGUUCCCGGCCGUAUCUGCUGAGCUCUCUGUGCCAGUAGAGAUGGCCUCCGCUGAGUCAGAUGAAGACUCGAGUCCUUCGGUCUGGGAAGUACCUUAUUUGACCUUGCCAGCUGACCUUCGAACCCUACAUUUGAACCGACCAACAUUCAGUCCAGAGAAUAAACUUGAAUGGAAUAACAACAUUCCAGAAGUUAGUCGUUUGAAUUCUGAACACUGGAGAAAUCAUAAAACUGAAAAACGGUUGGAGCAUGAAGAGAUAAAUCAUCUUGAAACUGUUUUCAGUGGCAAUGGCGUGACAGAGCUGGUGCUGGAGCCCAGCCCCAGACUGCCGCCCAUUAGCAGGCACCAGAAGGAACUUCCCCAGGAUGGAGGUCCAGGAGAAGAUGUUUUUGAAGAUCAGAUGUAUCUUCCUGUGCAUUCUGAUGUUGAUUCUACGCAUCAGACCAUCAAAGUAUCCACCAUGGAGCAGCAUAUUAACUCCAGCAGCCUGGAGAGGAUGUCGAACGAGGUGGAGGAGGAUCCCAAAAAGGGGAGUUUACAGAGUCUAGAAGGCAGUGCCUCCUUUCCAGUCUCCUCAGAUUAGAUGAAAUUGUUACCUUACCGUAAACACAGUAUUUUUUUAACUUUUUAUUAGUAAACUAAUAAAGGCAAUCAUGACAACCAACAUUCCAAGCCACCCUAGGUACACAUGUGCAGUAGACAUUAGUGCGCAUGCGAGUGGUACGCACACAGGGAUUCAGUGUUGUAAUUCACUAUUUGUCAAGAGUACAAAGAAAGGUGGAUUUGUGGGGUUUUUGUUUGUUUUGGGGGUACUAAAACAGUAUUAUGUUUUGAAAGUUGUAGGGACGUGCAUAUAUCAAUGUUAUCCAGUCGAGAUGGCUAGAAUCGUGCCUUGCUGAGUUUCUGAAACUUGACAUACUCGGUGAAUUUUUCAGUACACCUUCCAUUGCCUGCAUAAUGUGGUUUGGGUUCAUUUUUAACCACUGGAAUUUUUCAAUGCCAUCAU